UGGGAAAGACCCCCGUAGAAAUUUCGCUUGCCACGUAGUCGCAGCUGCACAACUUGUAGUUUAGGAAGUUUUAUCAGAGCCUUGUGCAUGAAACAUCAGCUGAACAGUUAGAGAGUAUUAAACUGUUUUUUUUUUUAUAUUAAGAUGAUUCCAGAGUUGUGGACGUGCAUCUUUUCUGCAUUAUUCUUUUACGUGCAUGGGGCAAAACUUCCGGAACCUGAGGUCAAAAUAGAAGUUUUAUACAAACCUUUCCUUUGCCAUCGUAAAUCCAAAUACGGAGAUAUUCUUCUGGUUCACUACGAAGGCUUUCUGGAGAGCAAUGGCACAAUGUUUCAUUCCAGCCGCCAUCAUGGAGACAAAAACCCUGUUUGGUUCACGUUGGGGAUCCGUGAGGUGAUCAAGGGUUGGGACAAGGGUCUUCAAGGCAUGUGUGCAGGGGAGAAGAGGAAACUGACCGUCCCUCCAGCUCUUGCGUAUGGCAAAGAGGGCAAAGGUAAAAUCCCUCCAGAGAGCACUCUGAUCUUUGACAUCGAGAUCAUGGAGAUCCGAAAUGGGCCUAGAUCACAUGAGUCCUUUCAGGAAAUGGACCUCAACGAUGACUGGAAACUUUCCAAAGCAGAGGUCAAAGAAUACCUGCGUAAAGAGUUUGAAAGACAUGGAUAUGCUGCCAACGACACCCAUCAUGAAGUAAUGGUUGAGGACAUCUUCCAAAAAGAAGAUGAAGACAAUGACGGAUUUAUAUCAGCUCGGGAAUUCACCUACAAACAUGAUGAACUGUAAACACUUCACACUCCUGCUUAACAGCAUCAAUGUUUACCUUCAAAGAGAUUCCAGUAUUUUUUACAGCUUGUCAAGAUCAUUUCAUGUCAUGUUACAGUAGAUCUACACAGGUUUCCUGUUAUCUACAGGUCAUGUCUGUAAGUUAUUUUUUAUUUUUUAGAUUUUUAAAAUACACUCAGGUGGUGGAAUUUUUGAGCCGUUUAUAGUAUUUGAAGAUUGUAGGCCAAAGUGUUGAAUUCUGCUCAAAGAGAAUGUUUGUAUCCAAAGUGCCUGUUGACUGAAAUAUUGAACCUUUCAGAACAUUUCAGUGCUGACUUUAUAGUAUGCGUGUCACUUUUUCAGAUGAAUUAUGCAAUAAUGUUUAGGUCAAUUUGUCUAGAGUAGCCUGUAAAUGUUUACUUAAAGUGAAUAAAGUAAAUCAGUUCUGUGCUGCUCAUCCCUGUUGACUGUAGUUUUAUACACCAUCACUAGAGGGAGCUCUGGUCCUCUGAAUCUCAAAUGUCUCACAUACAGUACUCUUAAAAAAUGUAGUGUUUAAUAAUAACAAAACAAUUGAAAACGAUGAGACGCUCAGUGAAAAUGCAGUCAAUUGGCCUUUCACUGAUAGAUGGCAUAGUCAUCUUCACACACCUACAUAAUGCAGAUGACUAGCCUGUGGUGUGUAUAAUAAUUUGCAUACAACAGCAUUUACUCAGAGUCAUGCUUAACAGCAUUCCAUUCUUUUACAAUGGCAUUACACAGUUACAUAAUCUGUUGUAAAAUGUGCCGAGUUCCAUUUGAGUUUGCUCCAGUGGAUCUAUCACAUCACGUUGGAUAAACUAAUAACUUCUCAAUUGUGCAUUAUUCAGUAAUGUGAAUCAAAAGGGUAUAAAUGUACAUCAUAUCCUUCAUCUAAAACGUUUCCUUUAAAACCCCCUUUUUACAACAAUAAAUAAGAGACUUUUCUGGAAAAAAUAAAGCAAACAGCCAAACAAUAAUUAGAACAAAUGUCUUUCUUUUUGCAGGCAAAUAACUCAGCGUCUCUAAGAUCCUUCAGCCGAGACAAAUUCCAAGUUACUGCAGAAUGUAACAGGUGUCAUUGUCAGUUACUGAAACUUAAGUCAAUGGCUCCACCGAAGGAUGGUUUUCUUCAUUAACAUCCUCGCUACACUGCAAGCGAACGACUCAACGCGACAAAAUUAGAACGUUCUACCAACAAGUUGCUUGACAGAUGGACUUCUUAAGAUUCCAUCCACAAUUCCAGAAGACGCGUCGCCCGCUUGCAGUGUAAACAGCUUCAUUUAUUACAAAAACAGCGUAAAUAACA